CAGGCAGCUGCCUCUCCUACAGGCGGAACCAAAGCGUCCGGAGGGAGCGUUCCCAGCCGGGGCCGCUUCUCAGCGGGACCACCCCUUCCGCUGCGCUUCAGCGAGCGAGGCGGCUGCUCGGCGCCGCCGUUGAGCGCGAGGGGCGGCUGCCGCCAUGCCGCAGAACGAGCACAUCGAGCUGCACCGCAAGCGGCACGGGCGCCGCCUCGACUACCAUGAGAAGAGGAGGAAGAAGGAGGGCCGUGAGGCUCACGAGCGGUCGAGGAAGGCCAAGAAAAUGAUAGGGCUGAAGGCCAAGCUCUACCACAAGCAGCGCCACGCUGAGAAGAUACAAAUGAAAAAGACCAUUAAAAUGCAUGAAAAGAGGAAUACAAAGGAAAAGAAUGAUGAAAAAACACCUAAAGGAGCCGUACCAGCAUACCUAUUGGACAGAGAGGGCCAGUCCCGAGCUAAAGUUCUCUCUAACAUGAUCAAACAGAAGAGAAAAGAAAAAGCUGGCAAAUGGGAGGUUCCUGUGCCAAAAGUCCGUGCACAAGGAGAAACAGAAGUUUUGAAAGUGAUCCGUACAGGAAAGAGAAAGAAGAAGGCCUGGAAGAGAAUGGUUACAAAAGUUUGCUUUGUUGGAGAUGGCUUUACUAGGAAACCUCCUAAAUAUGAACGAUUCAUUCGACCAAUGGGCUUGCGUUUCAAGAAGGCACAUGUGACACAUCCUGAACUUAAAGCUACUUUUUGCCUACCUAUCCUUGGCGUAAAGAAGAAUCCUUCUUCUCCUUUGUAUACAACAUUGGGUGUAAUUACCAAAGGUACCGUCAUUGAGGUGAACGUGAGUGAGCUUGGCCUUGUGACCCAAGGAGGCAAAGUGAUCUGGGGGAAAUAUGCACAAGUAACAAACAAUCCAGAAAAUGAUGGCUGCAUUAAUGCAGUUCUACUUGUCUAAGUGGUAUCCAAGACUAAGCGAUGGACACAAGCUCCCACAAAAUCAGUGCAGUUUCAACACAUUUGCAAGAUCUCUGGAAUGUUCAACUAUUGAAGAACACUGACCCCACAAGCUGGUGAGGAACUUAAACUUGCCAGACUGACUGCUCAGAUUUUUAUAUUUAUUAUCUGUUUGUUCAGCUGAACAUUGUCCAAAUAAAGUGAGUCAAUUUUCA